AUGCUGCAGCGACGUUUCUCGCUGGCAACUUCCACAUAUCGAGCGUUGGAACGUAUUUCGGCCGAAGAGUAUGCGGGUCGUAGGAAACGUCUUGUCGAAAGCGUCCGGAAAAUCGCAGGACAGACAGAUCGUGACUUGAUCGUUUUGCUAAAAGGAGCUAAGCGAUCCUACAUUGCACCAGAUGUGCCAGGAAUUUACAGACAAUGUAGUCAUUUUAGGUACUUAAGCGGGGUUACUAUUCCCAACUGCUAUUUUCUGAUACAUGCUCCCAAAGGUGGACGUCCGCUAAAUCCCAUAUUGUUCAUGGACAAGAGAAGUGCCUAUGAAGAGUUAUGGGAAGGAGCUCUUCCGAGUGAAUCAACGCUCGAACGUACUGCGGGUUUUGUGGAUUUAUUGCCCACAAAGAAGAUCACAGAGGUCCUUGGUAAAAUGAUCUCACUGGAUUCUACAUUGUUCUUUGAAACUAGUGAAUGGGUUGGUACAGAGGUCCACAACAUGCGUGCACAAUUUGGAGCUGUCCAUGGUGUCAAGUUUCAUAUCGAUCAGUUGCGUUUAGUUAAGUCUCCAGCUGAAGUGCAAUCUAUGAGGGAUGUUUGCAAAUUGGGAUCCGAGAUGAUGUCUUCGACAAUUGCUGGAUGUAGGGGAUUUGAGAGUGAAGCUGCCAUUGUUGGACUACUGGAAUUCGAAGGGCGUAGACGUGGUGCAGAAAUGCUCGCUUAUCCUCCGGUUGUAGCUGCUGGUGCAAGAGCCAACAUAAUCCACUAUUUGGAAGCGAAUCAUCGAAUUACGAAAGGUGAAUGCAUACUAAUGGAUGCUGGUUGUGAUCUCAACGGAUAUGUUUCCGACAUAACGAGGUGCUUCCCAAUUUCUGGGAGUUUUACACCUGCUCAACGCAUUCUAUAUGAUGGGUUACUUCAUGUGCAUGAGCAACUAUUGGCAUACGCUAAUGACACGGAGAAGGUCCGGCUUAGUUAUUUGUACAGUCGCAUGAUCGAUCUCAUUGCAUCUAUAAUUCUGGAGAUUGGUCUUCUUCCUCAGUCAACAGAUAGAAAACAGCUGCUUGAUACGGCAGAGUCGUUAUGUCCGCAUCAUGUUAGCCACUAUCUUGGGAUGGAUGUCCACGAUUGUACAACCGUCUCUCGGGAUGUUGAUGUCCCAAUAGGAACCGUGUUCACAAUCGAACCGGGCCUCUACAUUCCCAUAAACUCAACAUUCCCUAAAGAAUUCCAAGGUAUAGGAUUCAGGAUAGAAGAUGAUGUGGUGAUAGCAAAGGAAGGGAUAGAAGUGCUUUCUGAUGCUGUUCCCCGUGACGCCAGUGAAAUAGAGUACCUCUUGCGAUCUCAGUGA